CUUUUUGUUGCUGUGCCCUGGGAAAUAAACAAGGGCUUUCUUCCUUCAUCCCAGCCAGAGAGACAGAGGGAGAGAGAGCCGGGGAUCUAGGAAGAAAGGCACAGGCAGGGAGGGAGGGAAGGACCAGGGAGAGGAGGGAAGAAAUAUAAAGCAAGACAGAUGGGCAGAGGUGAUAGGCAGAUGUGGCUUAGGAUUUCUUACUGUGCAUCUUUAUGUAGGUGCAGUGAGGAGUUAAAGGCAGAUGCUUUGGACAUGAAUGAGCUCUGAGGGAAUUUCUGCAGUGUGAGGGGGUUACACAAGCUGUCAGGUAGGAGAGGGAAAUGAGUGUGUGUCUGUGCCUGCAGUGAAGGAUUGUAGCAGUGUAUUCUGUGCGUCCUCUAUGGAAAGACAAUGUGCAUGUGUCUAAUUCAAGGCAAUGAUGAAUAAUGUGAUCGCUUUGCACUUGCUGACACCGAGGCGCAUAGCAAGUGCUGUUAUUGUAUAUUGAAUGUCAUUCUGGUGAUGAAUUCCUGACAGGUAGGAUGAGAAGAGUCAGCUCAUCUGCAAAGUAGGAGGACUGGCAGGCACGCAUGUGUGCAUGGACAGCUUAGCACUCUUGUCACCUCUGGGCUUUUUGUUUUUAUUGGUGGACUCUGGCUUCAUGUGCAUUUGCAUCCAGCAUAGGGGAAGUGUGCAUUACAUGUGAUAGGUAGACCGUGUGUGUGUGUGCAGAUACUAAAGGCUCUGCGUGCCUGCAGCUAGGAGACAGGAGGAAGUAUUGGAAGACUAAAGAUGGCUCCUGCCGGUGCUCUCUGGGUGCUGCUGCUGGCCGGUUCCCAGCUCCUGUUAAGAAGUGGAGGAGAAGAGGAUUCGUCCAGGGAGCUCGAGUGCAAGAUGAAAAGCAUCACCGUCUCGGCUCUCCCCUUCCUCCGAGAGAACGACCUCAGCAUCAUGCACAGCCCCUCUGCCUCCGAGCCCAAGCUCCUCUUCUCCGUCCGGAACGACUUCCCGGGGGAGAUUGCGGUAGCUGACGAUCUGGAGAACACAGAGCUGCCUUACUUUGUGCUGGAAAUCGCAGGGAACACAGAUGACAUCCCCCUGGUCCGCUGGAGACAGCAGUGGCUUGAGAACGGAACGCUCCUCUUCCAUAUUCACCACCAGGAUGGAGCAUCAAAGCUGCCAGGACAUGAAGCCACAGAGGAACCUCAAGGCGAGGCAGCUGAAGAAGAACUCAGGAUAUUGCACAUCUCUGUCAUGGGUGGAAUGAUCGCCCUCCUGCUUUGCAUCCUGUGCCUGCUUCUUAUCCUGUAUACAAGGAGACGAUGGUGCAAGAGGAGACGCGCCCCCCAACCACAGAAGAGUGCCAGUGCAGAAGCAGCCAAUGAGAUCCAUUACAUACCCUCGGUACUAAUUGGAGGUGGCCACGGCAGAGAAAGCCUUCGCAAUGCCCGUGGACAAUCGACCCACCCUGGUGGAACCCUUGGCAUUCGUGAGACCCCCAUCCUAGACGGCUACGAGUAUGAUGUCACUGAGCUACGUCAUCACCUCCAGCGGGAGUGCAUGAAUGGUGGGGAAGAUUUUGGCAGCCAGGUGUCCCGCACUCUGGAAUCCCUUCAGGGAUGCAAUGAUAAGAACACCAUGGACCUCACUCCUGGUAGUGAGAAUGCUAAGAUGUCUCUGAUGAACAAGUACAAGGAGAGCAUGAUAUCUAAUAGCUCAGCCGACCCCAACAACCAGCCCACGACGCUGCUGUCACACGGUGCUUCCAGCCAGCAUAAGCGAAUCAACAGCAAAAUGCGAGCAGGCUCAGCCUUCCUCAACCCUGAAGGAGAUUGCGGAGGAGAGAUGGAUAGUGACACUCAACUGACUUUCUAUACGGACCCUUCUCGGAGCCGAAGACGUAGCAGAGUUGGUUCGCCCCGAAGUCCUGUGAACAAGAUGACACUAACACUCCUAAGCAUAACCAGUUGUGUUAUUGGUCUGGUUUGCUCAUCUCAUAUCAGCUGCCCAUUGAUAGUUAGGAUAACCCUCCAUGUGCCAGAACAUCUAAUUGCUGAUGGCAGCCGUUUUAUCCUACUGGAGGGAAGCCAGUUAGAUGCCAGUGACUGGCUGAACCCUGCCCAGGUGGUGCUCUUCUCACAGAUGAACUCCAGUGGCCCUUGGGCACUAGACCUUUGUGCAAAGAGAAUACUGGACCCCUGUGAGCACUUAUGUGACCCUGAUACAGGAGAGUGUCUCUGUCAUGAGGGAUACAUGAAGGAUCCAGUGCACAAACACCUCUGCAUACGGAAUGAGUGGGGAACCAAUCAGGGCCCUUGGCCUUACACCAUGUUUCAGAGAGGAUUUGACCUGGUCCUGGGGGAACAACCGGCCGACAAAAUAUUCAGAUUUACGUACACUCUGGGAGAGGGUAUGUGGCUUCCUCUCAGUAAGAGCUUUGUCAUCCCCCCUGCCGAACUGGCCAUUAAUCCAUCAGCCAAGUGUAAAACAGACAUGACUGUCAUGGAGGAUGCUGUUGAGGUCAGAGAGGAACUUAUGACCUCUUCUUCAUUUGAUAACCUUGAGAUUCUGCUAGACUCCUUCGGUCCUGUUCGGGAUUGUUCCAAGGGAAAUGGUGGAUGCAGCAAGAACUUCCGCUGUGUUUCUGAUCGUAAACUGGACUCUAGUGGUUGUGUGUGCCCUCCAGGACUUAGUCCUAUGAAGGACCAAUCAGGAUGCUACAAUCGCCAGAUGGGGGUUGACUGUUCGGAUGGCUUUAACGGUGGCUGUGAACAGCUCUGCCUUCAGAAAGAAGUCCCCUUUCCAGACGAUCCAGAAAUGUACAAUAUUCUCAUGAUUUGCGGCUGUAUUGAAGACUAUAAAUUGGGUCCCGAUGGAUUGUCAUGCCACCUGGUCACAGAGCCCUGCCCUGGUGGAGCGCACUGUGGAGAGAGUCCUGAGAUGCCGAUGAACCAAACCCUCUUUGGAGAGCUCUUCUAUGGCUACAAUAAUAAGACUAAGGAGAAUUCAUCAGGGCAGCUGCUAAAAGGAACAUUUAGACAAAAUAACUUUGCUCGCGGAUUGGAGCAUCAGCUGCCAGAUGGUCUUCUUGUUACAACCGUACCAUCAGAAACACAGUGUCACGAAGAGAUAUCUGAGCCUGUUCCCGACCCUGAUUUUCUGACAGGCAUGGUCAAUUUCAGCGAAGUGACUGGCUAUCCUCUAAUUCAGCAUUGGACAGUUCGGUCUGUUAUGUACCAUGUUCGUCUUAACCAGCCGGUUGUCUCCCAAGCCUUUACUCAUGCUCUACAUGCACUGGAUGGAGCAACUUCACGGCUAGAAUUUAUGCCACUGUUGGAACAGUUUGGAAACCAUUACAUUCAGGAGGCAGUGUAUGGGUUUGAGGAGACAUGCUCGAUCUGGUACCCCAACCGGCAAGUUCAGAGGCAGAUGUGGCUUGAAUUUGAAGACAUAAGUAAAGGAAAUACCCCAUCAGAUGAGUCAGAGGAACGAGAGAGAGAGCCCAAGGUGCUGACUUUCCCAGAAUACAUUAACAGUCUGCUGGACACAAGUACAAGGCGCCUUGUGCAAGGCCUGCGGAUGGAGUGCCAGAGCCGAGGUCGUUGCUCCUCCUACUGUCAGUUGUGUCAUGUAACCUCUAGUCCCGAUGCUCCCCCAGAACCUGUUCUUUUAGAGGUCACAAAAGCAGCACCCAUUUAUGAGCUAGUCACAAAUAACAACCUCACCCAACAGUUGCUGCAGGAAGCUGUGCUCAGCUCUCUCUGGUGCUCUGGCCGCGGAGACGUGAUUGAAGAUUGGUGUCGAUGUGAUUCUUCUGCCUUUGGUGUUGACGGACUUCCAACCUGCGCCCCGUUACCACAACCUGUGAUUCACCUUUCUAUGCUGCAGGAACCCAGCAGUUCCCUCCUGGUGCUGGAGUGGCAGCAUUUAGAGUCUCCGAUUGGAGCAAGAAUAGUGGACUACAUCAUCAGCCAGGAGAAAAAUGCUGACAAACUCGACCAUUCCAAAAUGGAAACAGAAAACGUGCUGAGUUUUGUUGAAGACAUCAUCUCAGGAGCCAAAUCUCCAUGUGUGAUGCCAGCCCAAGUACCUGACAAACAUUCUUCAGUGAUAUCCAUUGUGGUCCGCUGCCUGGAGUCCGACACUUCCUACACGUUCACACUAUGGGGAGUGGAUAAUACUGGACGACGGUCAGAACCAAGCCAUGUCACUGUCCGAAUGCCCUGUCCAGAGGUGGAUGAUGUAAAGUCACAAGAGGUUGCUGAUAAAAUCUACAACCUUUUCAACGGCUAUACCAGCGGUAAAGAACAACAGACGGCAUACAACACACUGCUGGAACUUGGCUCCCCCAGCCUGCACAGAGUACGUUUUCACUACAACCAGCACUUUCAGAGCUUUGGGGAGUUCACUUGGCGGUGUGAGGAUGAGCUUGGUCCAAGGAAAGCUGGCUUAGUAUUAUCUCAGCUGGAUGCCUUGAGCCCUCGGUGCAGCUAUCUUUUGGGAGAACCACGUAUAAGCCUGAGACGUUCUUCAUUGCGCUACCUUGCCUGCCGCUACAAUGAGCCUAAACCUCAUGCAUUAAACUGGACAGAACUGAAUAGAGACCUGCGAAAGAACUGUGAGGAACAAAUGCUCAUUGUGUUGAGCAAUGACUAUGGAGAUAGCAAAGACUACUGAAGGUCACUGGUACUCCAACCAGUAGACUCAGGAACAGACUGUGCUUGAAAACAAAAGUUUGAAUUAGACACUGUAUAAAAUGAGACCGCCGAAGCUCUCACUGAUGAACUCAAAGCAGAAGAUAAUCGACUGCCACCAGUUUGCUUGUGGAAUCAAGGUUUUUGGCAAGAAAUCUGGUGGAAUUCUACAUCAUGGUGCACUACACAAAAGCAAGCAUUAUAACUGAGCACCAGUAUCCUUAUGUAUUGUCCUUCUUAUUUAAUAGGCUACAGUAUUU